GCUAAGAGCAAGUCUGAAAUUUUAUGUUUUUAGAAAUUUGAGUAAAACAACUGUGAAUGUCUCCGAACACCCCCACAGCCAACAUCAAUCUAUGAGUCGGCUAGAUUAUGGGCAGCAAUUAAUUUUGAAAACGUGAUCAUCAAUUUGACAAAACAAAAAACAAAAGUAAAUUAAAAACACAACAGCAUCACAACAAACAGUGAUAAUGUGCAAUACAACAUUGCAAAGGCGGUGAAUUCUUUUAAUUUCUACAACAACAAAGCUUAGGAAAAUCAUUGUCGAUACCCUUGUAGUAGGCGUUGUUGGCCAGGCAACGAUAUUCCCAAAACCCAGUGUGAAAUGAAAUACCAAAAUCGAUUCCAACAUCACUUCGAACAACCACAACAAAAACAACAUAAUUAAACAAAAAGUGCAUUAAUUUGGGUUUUCUGCUCUUUGGGUCUUGUCUGUUUGCUCGCAACUCUUGUUUGUCUACAGAUAAUUCCGAAAUCACUUUUGCCACCACAAAACGUAAAAGUCAAUAAAUUCAUCGCUGCUCGGCUGAUCAUGGAAGCAAAGUUGAACAAAUAAACGACGAUCGCGCCAAACAAGCAAACGAGCAGCCAGCCAACCAGUCAGUCCGUCAGAGAACAAGAAAGCUUCUUUCGACUUGAGCAAUUCAUUAGAUCCACCUGUCAUCUAGUGGCGGCAGCAGCAGCAGCAGCGGCGGCAGCUAUCGCUUGAUGCUGUUUGUUGUUAUUGUUAAUUCGUGAAAUUACAACAGCAAUAAUUACAAAAACAAAAGUAGCUACCAUUCAAAGAUUAAUGAAACAAAAAAAAAACAACAACAACAAAAUCAGUUACUGCUAAACAAAUGCAACAACAACAACAGAAAAAAUUUCAAGUGUAACAUGCAAAUUUAUAAAUUUUUAAUUGGGUCGUCGUCGUCGUAGCCAUCGAUGUCUGUCGGUCUGUCUGUCUGUCCGUCCGUCCGUCUGUUGUCGCUGCCGUCUAUGCAUUCAAUCGUAGAUGUUGUGUCGUGACGUGUUACCAUAGCCGCAGUGACAUUUUUGUUUCUCGCCGUUGCAUUUGGUGGACAAAACACACAGAAAAGAUCUUUAAGAUUACGAUUUAACAAGAAAACAAAGUGAGAAUGAAAAGAAUGAAAAAAUCCAGUGAAGGUGUGAAAAAAGUGAAAAUAAUAUUAAACGAUAAAAAACAACAGAGAAAACUCUAUUCAACAUAGGAAAGAGAAAAAAAGUAAAACAAAAAAUAAAUAAAUACCACAACAACAACCAAUUAACACAUAUCCAAACCGAAAGGAAAUACAAUACCCAACAACAGCAACAGACACUUCCAAAAAAUACGGACAAUAUGAAACUGCAACCCCACCUUAGGAAAAUGUUUGACUUUCACACGCUUGUGAUCCUGGUGUGGUGUCUAACCCCAAUGCAGACGCCUCGCCCCACACACGGACUACUUCUAGAACAACAAAGUAAUCACAGUCAUCCCGGCCAUCAUCAUCGUCAUCAUCACCGUCAUCAUUAUCCACGGCAGCAACAGCUCAGCCAUUAUCACCAUACCACACCUAGAAUAGAAGAUGAGGAAGGAGAAGCCACCACAAACACACCUCUGUCCCUGAUGGAUGAUAAUGCGAUCACCAACAGAGAGGACGAAGAGCUUCUUCUUUUCAAAGGCAUCAAUUCGUGGAGCUCCAGCACCACGAAACCCGCCAGACAUCACCGCCACCAACACUACAACCAUCGGCAUCACUCGUCGGAGCAACAGGACAAAAAUCAAAGUCGUAAUGGACAACAUUUAAUUUUAACCUCGUCCAGUUUAUCAUCGCCAACAUCGGCGGCUUCAACAUCCUCCAAGUCAUCCUUCUCAAAUUCCAUAUUGGAACAACCGCAGCAGCAACAACAACAACACCACCACCACACCCAUCAUCAACGAGGGCAGCCACAUCAUCCACAUCCCCAGCAAUCAUCGUCAGCCGCCUCAUCGCCGACCCAGAGAUUAGGACCAACACCUUUACCACCACUGCCGUCAUAUUUCUUAUCAGCUACAACGCAAAAACACAAUCACCCAGCCGGCCAUGGAAAUGGCGACGGUGGCGGCCAUCAAAGACGGCUGUCUUCUAAGGCGGCCGAAGAUGCAAGUCCUGCGGAACGGUCUAAAUUUAGCUCUCAUAAAACCGUAUCAUUGGAGCGAGACAAUUACCAGAAACCACAACAACAGCAUCAUCAGGAGCACCAGAACCAGAACCAUCACCCAACAAAGCAUCUUCAGCCUCAGACGAAAGAUUUGACAAUGAAACGAGACUAUGACGACGACGAUGAUUUGCAAGGGCGACACACACGAACACCGCAGGAAGAUGCUGAUUACUAUGAGGAGUACAACGACAGCGACGACGAAGAUGCCGAUGAUGACAAUGAGGAGGAAGAUGAUAUUGACGGCUUCGCAGAUGACACCGAUAACAAUUUAAGUGAUCGCUCCUAUGCCCGAAUAACCCGUUCCAAACUAGAUGAUGAUUAUGUCGAUGACGAGCCCUAUCGCAAUGCGGUCGACGAGGAAAUGCAAGGUGAUGCACCCGGUGUACUGACGGAGCAAAAAUACCAGGAACUUGGCAAUGAAAAGGGAGUUCAGCAAGCUCGAGAACGCUACAUUCAGGAACAAAAGAGGCCAAGAACUCCACACGAACUGGCCACAGAACAUUGGCAACGCAUGAUACAUGCCACCAAAUGUCGGAAGCCAAUGCCACGCGUUAUACCCGUUUCGAACAAUACCUCGAAACGCUACGAGCCUUAUGCCACGAUUUUGCACAGAUGUGGAGAAGAUACUGGCUGCUGCGGUUCCACGGCCAGUGUCUGCACGGUGAAGCGACAAGAAGUUGUCAUGGUCUAUGUAUUUUCCUAUGACUUUAAUUAUCGCAAAGAAAUCGAGGCGUUACCAAUGCAGAACCACACCGAGUGUCAUUGUGUCAAUCGCGCCAGUUUGCAGUAUGAAUCGAUGCCACGUGGUAAAAGAUCUGGUUCAUGGCAGCAUCAUCAUCCUCGAUCGUCACAAUUGCAAAAACCUCCGCAUCAUCACCAGCACAAGAGCCAUCUACAAGCGAGCGCAGCGGCCGCGGCAUCGCCAAUGUCUCGAUCAGAUAUAACAUCGCCAGGGCAGCCGCAGUACCAUCACUAUUCAGAGAAUAUGCUUAGUUGUCAUUGUCCUCGACAUUUUAGUGCCUUGGAAGAGGAUGUUGAACGCUACGCUCAUCUGCCUCGACCACACACGGUUGUGACGCGCAAAUGCCGCUGUGAUUGCUUGGCGAAUAAUCCCACAUGUCUGCGGUUUAAGCAUGGCGAAGAAGGAUUCGCCCUGGAAGAUCGCAAAUGCAUCGGUGAGCAUGAUUGCAAGCCUCCCGUAUGUGCCUUUGGCGAAUACAAUGCUCAGUCGGGAAGAUGUCCCACUUAUCGGUCACAUGGCAAGCCCAAAUUUUGAGAAACCGACGAAUUUCCAUUUUACUUUACGUUUUCACCUAAGCUAAGUUUCCAAAUUAGUCAUAUUCAUCGAUUGAAUUUAGGUUUAGUUUUAAUUGUCGAUAUUGUGGAUGUGUGAGUUUUUUUUUGUGUUUUUAAUUUUAAUUAUUAUAAUUAUGUUUUUUUGUUUUUAGUUAUAGUCACUUUAUUUUUAUUUUAUUUUUGUAAAGACUAUCUGUUUUCCUUGCCAUAAAAGAAUAUUCCCUGCUUCCAAAUGAAACUUAUUACAUUUAAAAAAAAACGUUGGAAAUCAAAAGCAGAUCAUAUAAUCGAAUGCAAUUUGAGUUCAUAAAGGAGAGAGGCAAGUGUGAGGCCACCUUCCCCCAUUCCUCUCCUCUCUUGUGCACAUCAAAAAAUGCCAUAUUUAACGUCCUACAACAUAAUAUCGCUUGUUUACUAAAAAAAAGAUACAUAACUCAAACAUAGGGACCUUUGGAGUUAAAACAAUUUUCAUUUUUUCUACAUAUCUUAAUUUAUUUUUUUGUUGUUGCAAAAUGGUUAGACUUAACAUUAACAUUAUUGUUAUUUAAAAAACAGGGGGAGGGCAGAGAAAACCUAGGUUUCGGAAAGAGCCACCAAUCCUCAUCAGUUACCCUGCUUUUUGUGUGGGCAUAUUCUCUCGUUCAGGUAAACAAAAGCAUAACAAGUGGAGGGAGAUGAAAUUUUUUUAUAAGUGCGGAGAAAUGCCAAAAGAAUGCAAACAGAAAGAGUUUAAUUUAAUUCUUUGGAACCUCUUCUAUUGAGCUUACUAUUUCGUCACUUGGGUUAACAAAGCUUUUUGUCAUAUCAGUUACUGUGGUUUCCGUUGGAAUUGCAAUUUUCGAAUUUCGAAAAAAUGAAAUUUGUGCUGAAUUUCGCAGAUUCUUUUCGAAAUUAGAAAAAAAAAAUUCUGAAAAAAAAUUUUUUCGAAGAAAUCUGAGAGAAUUACAAUUUUCGAAUUUCGAAAAAUUUAAAGUUGUGCUGAAUUGUACUCGGUUUGUGCCCAUUUGUGUCGUUAAAACUUUUAAGAUAUCUUUCGAUGACAAGUGAUAUGGUAUGAUUGAUAAGUGAGCACAACUCAGCACAAUUUACCUCAUCUCAAUAUUUGAAUUUUUACAACAAUUACAGCGAUUUUUCUGAAAAAGUACCGUUUUUUUAUUCGAAAUUUUCAUCUUGAAAACGGUUAAAGAUAUUGAGAAAAAAUAAACGGCGCAAAUUAGCACAAAUCAAACAGAACUCAGCACAACUCUCAAUUUUUCGAAAUUCGAAAAUUGCAUUUCUUGCAUUUUAAAAUAACUCCUGGGGAGAAUAUCCCUAGAUAAAAAGCAGGAAAACUAAUGAGAAUUGGUGACUCUUUCCGAAACCUAGGUAUUCCCUCCCUUACCCCCUGGUAAACAUUACCAUCUUUCACCCUACAACACAUAAUGGUAAGGGUAUUAUGUCUAUGCGCAUUUGUUUGUAAAAUGGAGAAGGAAGCGAGAUAGACCCAUAGUUACCCAUAGGAUCUUCAUAGAAUCAUUCGAUGUAUUUUUGUGAACAAAAUGCAGGUCGUAUUUAUUAUCCAAUUCAGAUGAAAUUUUUCAAGCAAUAAUUUUUUGGCCCAAGGACUAUCUCUGUUCAUCUUCAACCGAGUUAGGGUUAAUUGUGCAGCAAAUGGCUAAUAUCAGCCAAAAUAAACUGAAUUUUGGCAAUUCCGAAAGAAUUCAUCAUAGAAAUAAGUUCUUCAAAUUUGUUGAAAAUUUGUUCACAUAUAGCUAUAGCUCCCCCUCCCCCAUAUAACGGUACCUUGGUAUCGGUAUUUUGAUGAUUUUAGCGACAUUAUUCACCGUAAUUGUUUCAAAUUUGUUAUUUGAGAUUCGUAAUGGGAUACUACAGCCUAUGACAGUAAAUUGUCUGUGCAGGUCCACGUCUUCGUAUAGCCCCCAUAUAACAGUACCUCCCAAAAUUCGGUAUUUUGAUGAUAUUAGCGUCAUUAUUUCAAAUUACGUAUUUAGAGCUCGUAAUGAGAACUACAGUCUGUGACAGAAAAUUACCCAUGCAGGUCCAGGUCUUCGUAUAGGCCCCAUAUCCCCUCCUUAUAUUCGGUAUUUUGACGAGUUUAGGUACAAUACCUACCGAAAUUGUUUGAGAUAUCGUAUUUGACGUUAGUAAUGGAUGCUAUAGCCUGUGACAGAAAAUUGUGUAUGCUGGUCCAGGUCUUCGCUCAGCUCUGAUAUAACGGUACCUCCCUAUAUACGAUAUUUUGAUGAUUUUAGCUACAUUAUUCACCGGUAAUGGCUAAUGACAAACAAUGCCUAUGUUGGUCCACGUCGUAUAAACCCAAUAUAACGGCUAUAUUCGGUAUUUUUAAAAUUUUGACAGAAUUUUUUAAGGAUUUUAUUUUUUGAAAAUUUCUAAAUUCGUUCCAAAUGGUGGAGGGCAUUCAAAGUUCGGCCCGGCCGAACUUACUGCUUUUUAACUUGUUUUUUUUUUUAAUUUUAUUAAAUGAAAGCAAAAAAGUGUGGGAAAUAGCAUCAAAUUUUAGAAUAAAUUUAGAUUUGCUCGAAUUGGUCAACUUUGGCACGAAUAAUGGCCUUCAUACGGUCAAUGAAACCGUCACACUCUGCCCGAAUGUUGCUCUGCGGUAUUUUGGCCCAUUCCCGGCGAAGCGCUUGCUUGAGGUGAUCGACACUUUGGCAUUUUUUAGUGCCAACCUUGCUUAUAUCCAAAAAUUUCCAGGCACAAUAGUCUAACGGAUUGGUAUCAGGAGAUUUUAGCACUGGAAAUGGAGCGAGGAACCUCAUUUUCGCGAUAAUAUUCGGCAUUUAUUCUGAUGCCACGGUCGAUUAAUACGAGCGGAGAGCGACCAUCGGCUGUUAUGGUGGCCCACACCAUCACUAUGGCUGGCGCUUGAGUUCUGGUGGCCAACCGAAGGUGAACAUUUUGGAUAUAGCUCCCAUAUAUAUCUUGAGUUUUAUUGUUCACCAAAUGGCUACUAUCAGCCCAAAUGUACUGAACGGCACUUCCAAUGGAAUUCAGCGUAAAAGCAAGUACUUCACAUUUUGGUGAAAAUCGGUGCAGAUAAAGCUAUAGCUCCUAUAUAAAUGAGUAAUAUGCACUGAUAUAGUCGGCACCACCUGACUUUUGACCUUUACUUGCUGAUGUUCAUAAAAAAAAAACAAUGGGAUAAAGCCAACUAGCUCGCAACAACAAAAUACUAUGGUAUCCCGAGCAAACCUUAAGUUUACUUAAUUUUUUAAUAUCUGAAGUUAUAUUGAGUUUAUAAGCAUUUAAAAUCAUUAAACCAUGUUUGCUUAUGCACAGAAAUUUAGCGCUGAUAUUUGGCGGCCUCUUUGCAAAUUAUUAUAUUAUUUUUUUGUUUUAUAAUCUUUUAAAUUCGUGAAGUCAAAUUUUUAAAAUGCAUUUUUCUCCGAACUUUAUUUAUUGAAGAUUCUUUGAGUAAAUAAGCGAUAUACAAACAUAUAUAUAUUAAAGAUUGAUAUGCGCUUUAUUUUCACACAAUAUAAGUAUGUAGUAGAUUCAAAGGAAUUUCGGUUCUUCUAAUCUCAACCAGCAUACUUCGAGUCUCAAAAAAAACAAGAUUUUCUCUUUGAUUUUCUAAAAUAUAGAUGCAAACACAAAUAAAUUAAUAAAUAUAUUUUUACACAUCAUUUUUGUAUAUACAUAUAUAAGUCGAUUACAUAUUCACAUUAAAAAGUAUUUUACUAACAUUCGAAAUAUUUAAACGGAAAAACAACAUUCAGUAUGUACUUAAUUCUAUUUUUAAUAAUUUAUAUACAUAAUUUGUAAUUGAUGAGAACUUCUUCGAAUAUACAUAUACAUACAAACAUAUAUAUAUACAUACAUAAUAAAUAAAUAAAUAAAUACUAUAUAUAAGUUAAGUAUAAAAUACAAGAGGAUACAGAAAAAGAAGGAUAUUUUUGAAAAUAAAUUCCUUAUUUUAAACAUUACUAAGCUUGCGUGUGUAUGUGUGUAAAUUGCAAUCGUAGCAUAUACAUGCAUACAAACAUAUAUUUUUAUUUGUCUUGAUUUUAAAGAUUUUUUGUUGUUUUUUUACAAAUAAAUAAUUAUGAUUUUUUUUACAUAAAAUGCUACAUAAUAAAGCUAGUCAUAUGACGACAA